AUGAUGGAACAUCAUUCCCUUUAUGUUUGGCAGUUUUCAAAAGUACCUCUGGCAUUCAACGAAUCCUAUAACUGGCUCCUGCUGAAAGACGGCACGGAGCUGCCGAGUUCACUUUUGGCCGAAUUACCACUGUCACUUGCUUCAGAACUGACAAUAGCACUUCGACAGUCGGACUCAUAUGUCCUGUACGACGCCUAUAAUCCUAGUUGGAGACAUGGCGGCCAUCUGAACAUGACGUAUAUGGGCAAUUGGACUUCUAAAAAUGGCUUGACCAUUACGCUGACACAGCAGAAGUACCACAGAAGGGCGGAUCUACAUGGACUGCUGUUAAACUUUUCCAUUGUGGUAGGUAAAUCGAGUAUAAAUAACGAUCUUCAUCCUUUUUAUAUUGUUCAACAGAUUACACAUCGACCACCGCAUAUGGAUUUGAUGACUUAUAUCAGUUCAACAUCUGAUCCGAAUUUAGAUUCGAUGAGUCGCUUUGGUUACUUACUAAUGAAGCAUCUGCAGAAUCGUCAUAAUUUCUCAAUGAACAUCCUCCCCACGAAAUCCUGGGGAUAUUUGAUAAAUGGGUCGUUUGACGGUAUGAUGCGACAUUUUAUAGAUGGAAUCUCGGAUGCAGGCAUCACGCCAGCCCAAAUGAAACCAGAAAGGAUUCAUUACGUCGACCUAACAGUAAAAAUUUGGGUUGCCAAGAUAUGCUUCCUCUUUCGACAUCCAAAAAAGAGCAACUUGGGAAACAAAUUUAUCAAACCGUUCACACCAGAAGUAUGGUGGACCACAGUUGCACUUGGAAUCAUUUGUUGGUUUGCAAUGUCAGUGACAAUUUUAUGCAAGAUUUGGUUCGGAACGUCGGACCCUCUUAAUGAUCUAGACAAUGAUCCAGUAAUGGGAUCGGGUCUAAUGACAAUCGCUAUGAUUUGCCAACAGGGCUCACAUAAAGAACCUCGAACUUAUUCUGGGCGGAUUGUCUUUUUAGCCUGCAUUUUUUUCUCUCUAAUGCUUUACCAAUUUUAUUCAGCGAGUAUUGUUGGGUCAUUGCUCGCAGAACCUCCGCGGUAUAUUAAAACAUUAAAGGAUCUUUUAGACAGCGACAUGGAAAUUGGAAUUGAAGAUAUAAGCUAUACCUUCGAUUUCCUGCAUUCCUCAACGGAUCCCGUGGUUCAGGAAUUCAAUAAGAAAAGGAUAAUACCUAACGGGAAGAGAUCAAGAACCCCCACAUAUGAUAUCGAAGAAGGUCUCCAAAAGGUAAAAAAAGGUGGUUUUGCAUACCACAUUGACACCUCAACUGCUUACAAGAUUAUUCAGGACACCUUUACUGAUGACGAAAUCUGUGAUUUGCAAGACGUACAUCUCUUUUCUCCCAGGAUAGCAUAUUUAGCUACAGCCAAGAACUCACCUUUUAAAGAAAUCUUAACUUAUGGAACUCGACAAAUGGUGGAGAGCGGUUUAAUACGACGACAAUACAGUUUUUGGAGUACACCACAACCAAGAUGUUUCCGAAAUCACAAUACCGAACCUUCCCCGGUGACUUUUGACGAAUUUGUUCCAGUUAUUUUCUUGUUACUUAUUGGAAUAAUGGUGUCCAUUGGGGUUGCGAUGACUGAAAGUCAUGUCAAAUGUCAAGCUCGCAAAGAUUUCGCAAUUUCGAGAAAAUACACGCAGUACAAUUGA